AUGCCACCACCCCAGCAAGCCACAUCCUCCACUACAACCCCAGCCAGUGAUGACCAGACCCAGACCCAAAGAGACAAGAAGCUGUCCACCCUCCGCGCAUCCAUCGCCAAUCUACAAUCCCAAAUCACAGAAACAGAAUCGCAAAUAGAACAGACCAAGGCCAAACUGAGAAAUGACCCAUCCACGACGGUCAAACGACACAUUCGCCUUCUCCAUGAGUACAAUGAAAUCAAAGAUAUCGCCCAGGGAUUGAUGGGUUUGAUUGCCGAUGCUCGUGGUGUACGACAGGUGGAUGUGCAGAGGGAGUAUGGGUUGGAUGAUCGAGACUGAUUUACUUAGGGUGUUGAUUGAUGGGGUUUAGCGAUUGAUGCAGGCGUCCAGGGUACUAGUUGUCGAUUCUUGCGGAGUUCAGGAAUGGGUUUAUGGUUGGGCGUUUAUGAAUGGCGAGGGGCAAUCUUCU